UGUAUGUUCUGUAUUCAUCACAAUUGCCAUUUUCUGCAAAAGCAAGGAGGGUUCUGCCAUGGCAGAGAACUUUUAGACCUGUUCAAGUUGCAGUACAAACCAGCCAACUGAUAGAGCGUACCCUCCACUGUGGACUCCAAAUUUUCCCCUCGGCUCUUCGGUUUCUGGAGGAAGAGAGGCUCCCUGCAUACGCGUUUGUAGCGGCGAAUAUUGUUGGUCUUCUCAUUGCUUCACUGUUCUGAUGUUGAAAUGGUUGAUAUUUGUCAGAAAUGUGGAGACAGAGGCUUUGUUGAGGCUUUAAAUUAUUGUAAAAAAUGCCAGACUUACCCUAUCCAUCGCUAUUGCUUAGAUGCAUUGCCAAAAACUUUUGAUGAGUAUGUUACUUGGUUUUGUGAAGAUUGUGAGGCAAUUAUGAUGCCAGCAGUAAAAUCUGAUGUCAAGUUAAAAAAGAAAAAGUGUGUCGAACAAUCAAAGAAAAAUGAUACAACACCUGAGGCACAUUGCAGUGAAAAGAAAAAUGAUACAACACCUGGAGGGCUGGGAGAGCAAGUUCGAGAAGGUGGGGCCAAUCAUGGUGAAGUCACAACAUCAUCUGAUGCAUCCAACUUUUUAGGGCACAACUGUUAUGUUGCACGGCCUAUAGUAGAUCCCAUUUGGAGGGGAACGUUAAAAUUUUGGGUCAAAAGUUUUGCCAGAGUUGGUGUACUUGUUGCCCAUAUGUCUAGCUUAGCAUGCUCAAAAGUGUAUGAGGAGGCAAAAUCGUUACCCGAGUCACUCCCUGUUGAAUUACUCUGUAGAUGUGAAAUAUGGCCUAGAGGAUUUGAGAAAUUAGGGCCAACUGAUCUAAGUAUUGCUCUUUAUUUCUUUCCAGAAGACGAAAGAAGCCAAAGGGCAUUUGAUCUUCUGGUCAAUGCAAUGAUGUGCAAGGACCUAGCCAUGAAAGCUGUGCUGAAAAAUGCUGAGCUAUUAGUUUUUACUUCGUCCAUGUUACCAAUGCGAUACUGGAGAUUUCAAACAAAGUACUAUUUGUGGGGCGUGUUCCGGGGAAAGCAAGCUGCACAACCAAGAAAUAAUGUGGCUUCUGAGAGAAGUUUUACUGAGUCAUUACCUUGUAUGCAAAGCCCUAUAAGUCCUUUAAUCAAUACCAGUAUUCUUCAUUCUAGGUCACUUGUUUCUUCUUGCUCUCCUCUGUCAUGACUUAUUGGUUAAACAAAAUCAGUAAUCUGGCUUAAGUGGCUGUAGAUUCGAACUAUGAGACCAACAAAAAUACAGUUGUGACCAAAAGGCGAUGAUGAAGAGGUCAGACAUGAGGUUAGGAAUGGUGAGAGCUCAAGAGUUCUCUAAUGUUCAUGCUUGAAACAAUUUUGGAGGAUCAGUAGAUGAUGAAUCUGUAUUGUCUUGUGUUUCUUUACUGAUGUAGAUGUACAUAGUUCCUACCUGAUCUCAGCUCUUCUGAGGCCAUUUACGCAACUGUCCAAAGGUCUGGUUUUUGUGCUUCAAUGCCAUAUGCCAAGGAGAGAGGAGGCCACAUGAAGUUUGGGGGAAUGCCACCCUUUACUAGCCUUUUGUAGUUCUUUAACCUUUUGUUGGGAAUGGCUUUUGUCUUGUGGCUUUGGUUUACCUAUUUGUUGGUGAUAUGUGUAGUAGAUUGGUCCUUGGUUUGUUGGUGAUAUGUGAUAGUAGAUUGGUCCUUGGAGCUACUACUGAUUCCGGUUUGGGAUGAUUAGAGCUCCAAAGAAAGGUUAAAGAAGGCAAGGAAGAAAAGACAUGAUAUGCAAUGAAUUGUUAUAAGGGAAAAAAUUUUAUAUGUCUGUCUACGUUAA